AUGCAAUCUAGAGACAUUGAUAGGGAUUAUAAAAUACGUCUGAUUGCAUCACUUGAUUGUAUAAGAUAUCUUCUACACCAGGGGUUAUCAUUUCGUGGUCAUGAUGAAAGUCGGGAUUCUUCAAAUAGAGGAAAUUUUCGUGAACUUUUACAAUUUUUGGCUGAUCACAAUGAAGAUAUAUCUAAAGUUAUUUUGAGCAAUGCUCCUGGAAAUCAACAAAUGGUAUCCCCUAUGGUGCAAAAAGAUCUUGUCAAUGCCGCUGCCAAAGAAACGACAAAAGCUAUAAUUGAAGAACUUAAUAAUGAUGUCUUUGGUAUUUUGGUUGACGAGACUCGUGAUAUAUCUAAGAAAGAACAAAUGGCAAUAGUUUUACGUUUUAUUGAUAAAGAAGGAAAGAUUAAAGAACGAUUUAUUGGUAUUACUCAUGUAAAGGAUACUUGUUCUUCCACUCUUAAAGAGGGUAUUGAUCUUGUUCUUUCUGAGCACGGGUUGAGUAUCUCAAGAAUUAGGGGUCAAGGGUAUGAUGGAGCAAGUAAUAUGCAAGGUGAGUUUAAUGACCUUAAAACUUUGAUCAUGAGAGAAAGUAGUUCAGCUUACUUUGUUCACUGUUUUGCUCGUCAACUGCAACUUACCCUAGUUGCUGUCGCUAAAAAUCACACAGAAAUUGCUUGUUCUUUUAAUUGGGUGGCUAUGCUUGUUAAUGUUGUUGGAGGAUCUAACAAGCGUCAAGAUAGGGCUAGUGACACAAGAUGGGGUUCUCAUUAUCAUUCUCUUGUAAAUUUAAACAUUAUGUUUGAUAUAGUGAUUGAGGUGCUUGAUUUCUUUGCACAAGAUGGUAGAGAAAGAGAACAAAGAGGGGAAGCAUCAUUUUUGUCAAUAACUUUGCAAACUUUUGAUUUUAUUUUUUCCUUGAAAUUGAUGUUAAAUAUUCUAGGGAUAACAAAUGUUUUGUCAAAAGCAUUGCAAAGGAGGGAUCAAGAUAGCCAUUAA